UGAGAACGAAAACUGUUCACCUAAUAUGCCGGAGUAGAGAGGAUACUAAAGAUGAUGUCAUUGUAGAAUAACCUUUAAAAAAAGUAAAUAAGCAGACGUACUUAAACGUAAACUCGAGUUUGGUGGCAAGUGUCAUUCUGUCGUUUCCAAUUUGUGUGUGCAUAGAAAAUAAAAAUGAAUGGUGAUAGCAAAAUAACUGUGCAUCAUUCUUCUUUACUCGGUUUAAAAGCUGAGCUGUUACGAAAACAAGCUGAAGUCAAGGAAGCCAAGCAAAGAUUACACAAUUUUCCAAGGCCCAAAGAAAAAAUCGUCAAGCCCAAAGAAGAGAUAAAAAUUGAAACAAAGGCCAAGAAAAGAAAAGUGGACGAAACUGACGAUGUAGAAACUUUAAAAGCAAUGCAAAAGUCUAAACUAAUGUUGGAAGCUAAAUCUCAACUCUAUGAAAAGCUCACUAGAAAACAUUGCAAUAUGAAUCCAAACUUUUUGGUGGACUUUGAAAAUAAAGUUGAUGAUCACAUUGAUGAAAGAGUAUCCGAGGAUGAUGUGAAGAGCGAUGAUUAUGACUCUGAUGAUGGAUGGGUUGAAUAUACUGAUUGUUUUGGUCGUACUAGAAAAUGUUUGAGAGAAGAUUUGCCAAAAAUGAAAGAUAAAGAUAAACACUUGCGAAGUGAAAUAGGAGUAAAUUCACCUCCACGCGAGGAAGAAAAGAAAAAACUAUACUAUGAAGAUAAGACUCCUAAUAGGGAGCCAGAAAUAGAAAUUAUGAGAAGAAAGUGGGAAGAACAAACAGCGAAGCUUGCGGAUAAAACUGAUAUACAUUACCAAGAUGUACUGUUUGAUGAAGCUCGUAAUCAUGGUGUUGGCUACUAUGCUUUUUCAGCAGAUGAAGAGGAAAGAAAAAAGCAACAAGAAAAUUUAUUCAAGUUACGAAAGGAAACUGAGAAACAACAGGAAGAAAAUAAAAGAAUAAAGGAAAUGAAGAAGCAAAUUGUAGAAAAUAGAUUGAAAGUUGCUAGAGCUCGAGCAAGAAUGAGAAAGGGUUUACCUGCGGAAGAAACAGAAGAAGAAAAAUCUGCCAAUCAAACAACAGAAGAAUCAAAGCCAGAGGAAAAUGAAGAAAACAACGAAAGUAGUGUAUCAAAAGAUGGAGAUAAAGAUAAAGAAGAACCUGUAAAUAAGCUUGUAGAAAUCGAAAAUAAAGUAAAAGCUUAUGGGGAGUUAUUGACUAAAGGCAACAAAUGGUAUGUGAUGACACAAGAAGAGUGGGUUAAAAAGAAAAGACAAGAGCGUCCAAAUGAAUUUGCUCCUGUUUAUGAAAACUUUCAUGGAGGAGGCACUUUACACUUUGGAUUUGAAUUUGGACCAGAUCGCAAUGAAACUUGUGAUCCAACAGAAUAUCCUGCACAUCCAUCAAAACCUGCAGAGCAUACUGAAACUGAAAUACCAUCCAAUGAUCUACCUCUAGAAGAAGAUCCUGAUUUAAUAGGGCCACUCCCACCGCCAACAAUGCUACAUACUGAUACAGCUGCAGUUGACGAAAACAUAGAGGAUAAGGUAGAAGCUGGAUUAAAAUUCUUGAGGCAGCAAUUCGAAAGCAACAGGAGUGCAACUAGAUAGUAAUGCAAAAAAAUAAAAAUAAUAUUAA